AAAUAAGAUUUAGCAUAGAAACUAAGCGAAAUUGAAGUAUCUAUAGUAAAUUUAUUCAAUAAUAACUAAACGAAGAAAUUGUUACACGUGUAAUGUGUCUUAUUAUACUUUUAUCAUUAUUUUACUUCAUUAAUGAAAUUCCAAAAUAAAUUUCUAAAAAAGAAAAAAACAAACUGUACAGUAAAAGGUGUAGUUGUGGUUAAAAGUGUUCAUUCACAUAACUAACAACAAUGACUCUGAUACUAGUACAACAACCAAAUUGUAUGUUUAUUUUAUUCAUUAGUAUACAUACGCACAAACAAAUUCACAAAACACAUAAGUGUAUAUCAAAAAAAAUUAAAACAUAAUAAAAACCCUAUAUAAGUACUGUGACAUCAUUUGAUUAUAAUAAAAUAUAGAACUUAAUUACUGCAUAAAACUAUUUAGUAAAAAAGAGCUUGAGAACAUUAAGCUAAAAAGUCAGUUGUCAUUUAUUUAAAACAAAGAAAUCGGAAAGCCAGAAACAGUCAUGGGAGAAAGCCGAAACACAAAAAUUUUUAUUCUUAUUAGUUUAGCAAUAAUGAUAUGCUUUACAGUGGUAGCAAUUGCUGAAGAUAAAACCCUUACAGGUGAGUAAUAUAUUAUUAUGAAGUGUUUUUAAUUUCAAUAAAUUAAAUUGUACUCAGAAAAGUGUGACAUACUAGUAGUUGUAUUGUUUUCAUUUAAAGUAUUUUAAAAAAAACUAGGUUAGGUUUUAAAAUUUCUACAGUUAGAUCCACAAACCAAAUCUCUAAUGAAAACUUGAGAGCACUAAACUACAGUUCCGUCCUAAUCUGUAACAUAUCGGCAGUGCUUGUCCACAGCUCCUCACUUGGGAAUCGAACCCAGGACUUUCAGUCUCCUGUAAAACAUAAUGUAUUAUUUUAUGUAAAGUUGAAUAAAUAAGAAAUAUCGAGAUAAUUCUCUGAGUAAGAGCUUCAGUAAAGGUUAACUAUAAACCUCAUAAAGAACCAAAGAACUCUUUACUGUGUCUCAGUGGCUGUUAUGCCGAUAAAUAAUUUAUUUCAUUUGCAUCACAUUGAGUUUCUGUAACACUAUUUUUUUGUAUGUUAGGAUUAUAUAAUUUAGAAUCUCACUAACUGAUUAAUUAUUCAAAUCACUAGUGUAACUAAAGCAGUGUACUGAUUGUUUAAUUAGUGCGAUACAAGUUAAAGGUAAUUGCUUUAAUAGUAAUUAAUAUAUAUUCGAACAACAUACUGCAGAAAGCGGCUACCAUCAAAGUGCUUGAACCAUGUUAACCAGAAUAUAUUCCAGUUGUUAUGAAUUGAACUAAUUUAGAAGCUUACUUUUACCAUUAAAUGAUAAGAUGUAUUUUAAAACUUGAAAUCCAAUUUAAAAUUAAAACGUUUAUUGCUAUGCAUAAACAUCAAUGCAAUAAUUUAGGCGGUUACAUGAUCAGUGAUUUAUUAAAAUAUUUUAUAGUAUAGACUGAAAUAAUAGAAUCCUAUUUUAAUGUCAUAUUUGUUUUAAUAAACGUUGUGGUGUUGAGAUGGAACGAAUAUCAGUAAUAAGGAAACAUAAAUAUCAUAUGAAAUCAUUUUAUUCUCAAUAUUUUUAAUUAGUAAAAUAAAAACGAUCAUCUUAUAGUGUUUUACGGCUAAACAAAAAUGUGUUAGUUUAAUCACGGUUUCGAUAGAUCAAAUUUAAAACUGAAAAUCUAUAAUAUUGUGCAUAGUAACUUAUCAAUAAAUUGUCAGGUUUAUUAUUAUUUCUGUGUAAAAUCAUGUUUGUCACUACAUUAACACAUUUCCUAUUAUACAACAAGUUUACUAGCUUAUAGUAAACAGGAGUUAGUUUCAAACGAUAUUAGGUUCAAAGUUCACAAUAUAUUUUCAUCAUGAAUGAAGUUUCAAUCUCUUCACAAUACUUUAGAUAUUUGUAAGUUCUAACAGUAUUGAGCGUUAAUUAUCACCAUUUAAUAACACAAUCACAUCAUAAUGAAUCAUAGAAACAAUAAUUUUCCGCUAGUAAAAUAUUAAUUGCUGAAAUUAAUGAUAAGGUAAAUUAGUCAUUAAUAGAAUUCCUAUGUAAAACCAACAUCAUUACAAUAAACAGAUUUACAAAAUAUUAAGAUCAAAAUAAAUUCUCAUUUGUUUGAUUUUGAUUUUUGAUGUGUCGGAAUUGAAGACAAUGUGUAAAUUCUAUAAAAUAAGUAUUUUCUAGAAAAGCAAUUCAUUAAUAUGGUGACUUAUGUAGUAAGACACCUUAAAAUAACCAUAAUAGUAAACGUGAGACUAAUGAAAAUAAGUUAGAUUGAAUCAUAAAUUAUUGUGUUAAGUUAUUAUUAUUUUUUAAGUGAUAUUUGCUUAUAAUUUACUUUGAUGUUUUGUGAUAAAUUUAACAAUUCCAUUAAGAUAACACAAGAUUUGACGACAAUUUCACAAAUUUAUGAAUCAGAUAACGAAACAUGAUGAUCAAUAUGAGUAAAAUCAAGUCAUUCAUAUCAUUCAACGGUAUGUAUUAACAUCACAUAUGUCAGUUAUUGAUAACACCUUGGUUAAUAGAACACAAACAUUAAAGUGAAGUUUAUUAACCGAUAGAUACAUUUUCUAUUAUCCCAACUACUGAUGAAAUAUGUGUUCUCUGAUCAACUAAACCAGUACUAGUAAAUCACUUCAAACAAUCUGUGACUACAGUAGAAUAAGUGAAUUGUGGUCAGCUGGACGAUUCAGAACUCUAAUGUUUUGAUUUUUACACUAUGAUUCAAAUCCAGUACCUGUCACUUCAAACGUCAACACGUUAUCUGUUGAGUAACUGAGUCUAGAGAUUCACUGACUCUGUUGAUCAGUAUGUUGCUAUUAUCACAUUCAUCCAUUCUACAGAACAUGGGUCGAGAAUGUUUAUAUCGAGUCAAUGCGUAUAGGACGUGUCUGUACUAGAAUCGCCUAUGGAAAUUCUGUCUAUGUGAUAAUAAGUGUUUAAUGUCAAUGAAUAAUUUGUGACCUUUCCAGUUUUUGACGUUGUGUCGACAAGUAGAUAGAAGUCACUCUACAUUCCGAUAAUCAGUGAUUCGGAGACGCAGUAUUUACCUCAUGAUUCAUGGUGAUCUUAUGGUAUUCACGACGUUUCUUCAAACUGAUUGUCACGUGUUCAAAUACUCGUAAUUAUGUGAUGUGUUACACCACGAGAAACACGUGUUUCAAUCAAGUAGUUACAACUGACGUCGUACAUGAAUAAAAUUGAGGAGAAUCAGGGUUGCUCUGCCGAACAUAAAUCAAAUUCCUUGAAAGCAUUCCAAGCAUUCUACUUCCUCGCUCUCAUCGCUUUCAUUGUGGGGCUCGUGCUAUAUGCAGUGACUAUUUUCGUAGAACCUCGAAAAAUCUUGAGCAUUGGAUUUUUCGUCGCGAUUGUAUUAGGAUGUAUAUGCUGCAUUAUCAGCGUGAUCAUGUAUUAUCAAAACUUUUCCAACUCUUACAACGCGAGUGUUCGGCCACAUUCCAGCUCAUGGUUACUCGGUGUUAUUUUGGCUUCGGUUCAGCUCGUUGUGUUCGUAUUCAUGUAUAUUAUCUAUUGAGAAGUGAUUGGUUUUCAUAUUUACAAAUCAUGGAUGUUAUGAAGAUGGAACAUUAUUUACGUAGUAUUAAACUUAAUUAAAUGAAUACAUUUGAUAAAACUUCAGGUUUUUCAUACAAUUUUAUUUUGAUAAAUCAUAAAAUUUCAUGAAUGAAGUAAACAAAAAUAUUUCAUGAAUGUCAUCAGCAAAUGUUUUUGAAGAAAAUCGGUUUAUUU